AGAAUGGCGAAGAAGACAGCGCCGGCGGCGCUGCAAACGGAGGUCUUGAACGACGAGGAAUGGGCGAAGAUGCUAAAACGGAAGGGAUUAAUAGUUGUGGACAUAUACUCGGACUGGAGCGGUCCUUGCACAGGCAUGGUGAGCAUCUUGAAGAAGAUCAAGAUGGAGAUUGGAGGUGACGCGUUGAGCUAUGCCACGGUGAGCUGCGAUCGCGUCACCGACCUGCGGAGGUUUCAGGGAAAGAGCGAGCCGACGUGGAUGUUCAUUCACGAAGGGCGAAUGAUCAACUUAAUGUUCGGGGCGCACUGUCCGCAAUUUGUGAAAAUGCUGACAACAGAGCUCGAAAGGGUUCAAAACGGCGAUCAGCACGAAUUCUCGAUGGACGUUUGGGAGAGAAGCCCGGAGGAAGUGACGCGAUUAAAGAUCCAGGAGGAGACUAAGAUAGCCAAAGAGACUGCAAGAAAGUCCCGGAAAGAGGCCGAGGCUAAAGCGAGAUACGAGGCGGAAAUGCUGCAUCUGACGGCGUCAUUGUGCAACGAGACCUGUCUGCUGUUGUUUCCGUGGAUAUUUAAAGACGAAGAAGGACGCAGAAGGGAUAAGAAGGCGAGUCCACCGUACGUGGAGCUAGUCGAGGAAUUAUUGCCGGAGUGUUACACGGUGGAACAAGAAUUGCGUAAACGGCUGAACGAGGAUCUGCUCCGUCAGAUACUCGACGAGUCGAUGUACAACUUCUCGGAGUACGUCAAGCAAUUGCUGCUCGACGGCAAAUGUAUGUUCAUACGGCUGAAGAUCGCCGAGGAAAAGAAGGAUCUCGACGUUCACAAUUACCUUUUCAGUAUCCUGUUCGACCAACCGACGUUACCGGAGUCGGAAGAUGAACUGACCGAAGAGUGCUACGCCGGAAGGCAUUGUCCGGCUUUCGAAGUCCUUGACAAGGAAAAUAAAAAAUUUCCUUUCAUUUGGACACCACCGAAUCCUAGAAAUAAGGCAGUCGUUUUCCGCACGAUAUUCAACGUUUACACUAAUAUGACAUAUCCGUACGAAGAUAAGAUGGCAAACGUGCCGAUAAUCGUCUUCAAAUACGAUUACACGCGCAAAAAUGACUUAAAAAUGGUACUGGAAAUGUUCAAUGACGACGUUAUCGAUUUCGGUGUAUUCGAGUACGAUAAGCCGCCCGAGGCUAAAAUGAUCGCCAAAAGUAUAGAGGCGUUUGAGACGAACAAGGAAGAAAAGACAGGUUACGAAAUUUUCGUCUGCACGGUGAAGAAAGUAGGUUGCGAGGCAUUUUUGGGCUUCGCCGGGAUCGGACCGUUUCAUGUGAGCGAAAACCCGGAGAAGGCUACCGAAGAGUCGAAACUGUACUUCCCGGACGUUACUGCUGUGGAGGAAACGCAAUCGGACGACGAGGAGAAACCCGAAGAACUGGAAGAGCAGCAAGAGAACACAACGGAAUCUUAAUCUUCCCAGGCAACACACGGAGGUCUUCUGCGGACAUUCUUCCGAGAUAAGUGGGAUAACCUGAGGAUAUCCAGUUUUAUUCCCAUUUUCUCAGAAUAUCCCGAAAACGAGGGAACGAGCGCCUCGAGUUAUAUCUGGAAAUAUUCUCAGGAUAUUCUAGGAUUUUAGAUUUCUAAGAUUGUCCAUCUGUGAUCCUUGGGACAUCCACAAUGCAACCAAAAUUAAUCUAUAAAAUGUUAUUGAGAUACAUAUUAUUUUAAGGAUCAAUUUAGCGUAUAUUCUUUUUCAAGAUUAUUUUAGGAUAUAUUUAAUAAUGAUUCAGAAAGAAACGUGUUGUAUUAUAUAUAAAUAAACCUUGUUUUGUUAAUUUUAUCUGUAUACAUAUGUAUGUAAUACAAAGAAAAUAUGAAUAUUUUGAUAUUUCGUGACGAGAGUGUAUAUCACAUCACGGAAAUAAAAUUUCAAAACCUGUUUUCACUAAAGAAAAUACGUAUAAUGUAUAUUUCUUAAUCUUCACAAUUUAGCUGCUUUUUCAAUUUGAAAUACUGUAAAAAUUGUGUUAGCUUCCUCGAAAAUUUUUUUCAACUUUUUCUUUUAAUAACUAUAUAAUUGUAUUGAUCAAACUUAUUUAGAAAUAAAAAGAGCUAUAUAUUUAUUUUUCUUCGUAUUACGUUUGCUUAUAAUGUUUAAAGACGUCUUAAUGACUGAUUAUGAUUGAUGUUAGAAAUGUCAAUAAGAUAUCAUUAACGUCAUUUGACGUCACCCUAUCUGGUUUUUUUGAUUAUGUCCCGAUUUUUUGAAGUCGAUAUCCCGCCGAUAAUUGGCUGAUCGAGAGUUGGUCAUCCUAUGUACAAUGUACUUACCUAAGAUUCCAAGAGAAUGAAAAAGAAAAAUUGCAAGGAAAUGCAGAAAAUUUCAAAUAAAAAAAAUAAUUUCAA